AGUUCAGUAUAGACAGGCGGCAGCAGCAAGACCGAUCGGGAUAGAUAAGAGGAAGCGAAAAAAAAAACUUUUUUGGACGUGCUGACUAACAAGCUAUUGGCCCUUUCUUUUUAAGCAGGGAAUGUAUCUCCUUUCUCUUGAAGUUGUUUGCAACAUAACCGGUUUUGAGGAGGCGGUGAGGAGAGGCGAGGCGAGGCGAGGCGGCGGAUAGGAGCAUUGAGCAGCAGCAGCAGCAGCGCCAAACUCACAAUGUGCCCCGAGUGAGCGGCAGAGACAGGGAGACAAUACAGACCCCACGGCCACGCUGAAGGAGCUGCAACCUCUCAUCUGCGCCCUCUUUUUCCCCCCCCAACCCUUGCUCCGGAGUGGCAUUCCUUCCACUCCGAGCCCCGCUUACUGAUUCAUUGACAGAAAAAAAAAUAAAACUGACUUGGCUGCGAGGACAAGUGAUCUGAUCUCCAAACUCAGCCAUGACGUCUCCAGCGAAAUUCCGAAAGGACAAGGAGAUCGUGGCCGAAUAUGAAACUCAAGUUAAAGAGAUCCGUGCCCAGCUGGCCGAGCAGCUCAAGUGUCUGGACCAGCAGUGUGAGCUGAGGGUGCAGCUGCUUCAGGACCUGCAGGACUUCUUCAGAAAGAAGGCCGAAAUUGAGAUGGACUACAGCCGCAACUUGGAGAAGCUGGCCGAGAGGUUCCUCACAAAGACCCGCAGCACCAAGGACCAUUUACUCAAGAAGGAGCAGAGCAUUUUAUCUCCAGUGAACUGCUGGAACCUGUUGCUGCUCCAGGUGAAGAGGGAGAGCCGCGACCAUGCCACUCUGUCCGACCUCUACCUCAACAACAUUAUUCCCAGGUUUGCACAGAUCAGCGAGGACUCGGGACGCCUCUUCAAGAAGAGCAAAGAGGUUGGUGUACAGCUGCAAGAGGACCUGAUGAAAGUUUUGAAUGAGCUUUACACCGUGAUGAAGACGUACCACAUGUACAACACCGACAGCAUGAACGCCGAGUCCAAGCUGAAGGAGGCGGAGAAGCAGGAGGAGAAGCAGAUGGGACGCUCUGGUCGACAGGACGACCGUCAGACACCCCGCUCCCCCGACACCCUGGCCAGCAUCAAGAGCGAUGAGAAACCAGUGCGUCGCUCCAGUGUCAAAAAAAUCGAGAAGAUGAAAGAGAAGAGACAAGCCAAGUACACAGAGAACAAGCUGAAAGCCAUGAAGGCCAGGAAUGAGUACCUGCUGGCUCUGGAGGCCACCAACGGCUGUGUCUUCAAAUACUACAUACAUGACCUCGCAGACAUUAUUGAUUGCUGUGACCUGGGCUACCAUGCCAGCCUCCACCGUGCCCUGAGGACCUACUUAUCAGCGGAGCAGAACGUAGAAUCUUCCAAACACACUGGCCUGGAGACACUGGAGGUAGCCGCUGAGAGUCUGGAGCCCAACGGGGACAAACAGAAACUGAUGGAGACCUACAACAAUGUCUUCUGCCCCCCAGCUCGCUUUGACUUCCAGUCCCACAUGGGAGACACGAUGGGAGUGAUGUGUGCGCAGCAGCCGCUGGAUAACGAGCUGCUCCAGAGGUGUCAGCAGCUGCAGUCCCGCCUCUCCACACUGAAGAUUGAGAACGAAGAGGUGAAGAAAACCAUGGAGGCCACUCUGUCCACUAUUCAAGACAUGGUGACGGUGGAGGACUACGACGUUUCAGAGUGCUUCCACCACAGCAAUAGCAUGGAGUCGGUCAAGUCCACCUUCAGCGAAUCCUAUCUCAGCAAACCCAGCCUGGCCAAGCGGCGAGCCAAUCAGCAGGAGACGGAACAGUUUUACUUCACAAAGCUGAAGGAGUUCCUGGAAGGCAGGAAUCUGAUCACCAAGCUGGAGUCCAAGCACGACUUAAUCGAGAAGACCCUGGGAGAGAGUCAGAAGACUGACUGCUGCCUUGCCAGUGGACGUAGAAACUCCACAGUACGGAAGCAGGAAUCGGGUGAAGCCAUUCCUCUGAUGGUGGAGAGCUGCAUCCGCUUCAUCAGUCGCCAUGGUCUGCAGCAUGAGGGCAUCUUCAGAGUGUCAGGCUCCCAAGUGGAAGUCAACGACAUUAAGAAUGCCUUUGAGAGAGGUGAGGACCCGCUGGCUGGGGACCAGAAUGACCAUGAUAUGGACUCUAUUGCCGGUGUACUUAAACUGUACUUUAGAGGACUGGACCAUGCCCUCUUCCCUAAAGAAGUCUUCCAUGACCUCAUAUCCUGUGUCUCAAUGGAGAGCCUUCAGGAGCGGGCGGUCCACAUUAAGAAAGUUCUGCAGUCCCUGCCAAGUAAAACCCUCAUCAUCAUGAGAUACCUGUUUGCCUUCCUCAACCACCUGUCCCAGUACAGUGAGGACAACAUGAUGGACCCCUACAACCUGGCCAUCUGUUUCGGCCCCACCCUGAUGUCUGUUCCUGAGGGCCACGACCAGGUCUCCUGCCAGGCCCACGUCAACGAACUCAUUAAAACCAUUAUCAUCCACCACGACUCCAUCUUUCCUGGGCUGCAGGACCUGCAGGGUCCAGUCUACACCAUCCCAGGAGCAGGAGACGACUUCUGUGACAGUCCACACUGUGAGCCCCCCCUUGUGGAGGAACCAGCGCCUGACACUGUCUCUGUCAGCCACAACAGUGAGGAUGGCUCCUUGGCUGUUUCAGAGUCGGACCCGAUCGAAGCCAUCGCUCGGUUCGACUACACCGGCCGCACCAGUCGGGAGCUGUCGUUCAAGAAAGGCGCCUUUCUGCUUCUGUACCAGCGGGCUUCAGAAGACUGGUGGGAGGGAAGGCACAAUGGAGUGGAUGGACUGGUGCCGCACCAGUACAUCGUGGUCCAAGACACGUCUGAUGUGGGAAGAGGAAGCCCGAAGCCUGAUGUGGACAGUAGGGACCUGCUGGAGGAGAGGGUGUCCACUAGAGGCAGCGCUGCCUCUCCUACGGGAGCUCAUGUGGCUGACAUCUAUCUGGCCAACCUCAACAAGUUGAGGAAGCGCCCGGAGUCCGGGAGCAUCCGGAGGACGUUCCGCUCUGAUAGUGACAGCACAAGUGCAGGAACCAGCGGAAGUGGGGGAGCAGGGGUGAGAACAGCUUCUCUUCCGGUUGGCGGGGCUCUGGUCAAAGAGACUGGAGACAAACGACCCGUCAGCGCUCACAGCAUCCUCAACUCAGUCACCCGCCACUCCUCACUCAAGACCAAGGUGGAGAGCCCACAGCUACGCAAGACGACCACAGCGGGGCGCUCCAAGAGCUUCAGCAACCACAGGCCACUGGACCAUGAGCUCAUAGCCCAGGGGGAGCACAGCCCACAGGACACUGAUGCAAACAUGAGCUCUCCACUGAGUGAACUCACUAAGUUUGAGAGACAGAGCACCCCCAAACAUACACACACCCCUGACGUGGUCCUGGACACACUGGAGCAACUGAAAGGUGUGAGUGGUGGUGGUGGUGGUGGUGGUGGUGGUGGUGGAGGAGGAGGAGCUUCGGAGCCCUCUAGUCCGCUCCACUCCCGACUCAUGCGGGACAGUGAGGGCGGCUCCUCCCACGUCCACCCUCUCCAGCGCAGCGCCUCGUCAGCUAGCGACGUGCCCUCCUCCUUCCGCCCGGCCAAGAGCCAGCCGCGGAGCCCCCUGCCCUCCGCUACGUCCCCCUCUUUGUGCUCCUCCCCUCUCUCCUCAUCUGUACCUUCCUUUAGAGAGUUGCGCCCCCCAGCGACAAGGCCCAAGCCCGUGGUGUUCCCAAAGGGUGGAGGAGGGAGUGGUAGCCCGGCAAUGGGCUCCCCAACCUCCACUGUCCCCCCAACGCCCCCGCCUCCUCCUCCACCUACAGGCCACACACACUCUCUCCCUCACACCCCUCCGCCUCCACCUCCACCCCAGUCUAAUGACAAAUCCUGCCCAGCUUAGGUCACUUCAGUCUGGACCGCGAUACUGAUUCUUUAGAACUCUUAAAUCCUUACAGCUCUUCUAGCAGGUGCCAGUAGCACUUCAUUGGUUUCACAUAAAACCCCUAACCCACUACUCACAUGUAGCAUUCACUUCUUGAUGUCCGGACGAGUUCUUAAGAAAGCCACGGUCUCUCUUGAGCGGGUUUUUUUUUCUGCCCCCUCCUGGCAGCUCUGUGUUACUACAGGUCAACUAGCAUCAGGGCGAAGGCCCUUCAAAGACUUUGCCACCUACAGAGAUUCCAGAGGUGUCUGGACUUUAAAAUCUUGGACAAGGGAACAGGACUCAGGGUGGACACCUACAGCACCUGGAGCUCACACACACCAGUUUGUAAUGUAUGAAAUUGUGUUUGAGUGAGCGUGCAGGAGUGUUACUUGCCUUUACACACAAAAAAAAAAAUAAAGCACUGUUUGAUUUUUGUAUAGUAAACAUGACAGCUUUCUUUUGUUUCUUUCUUUCUUUUUUUUCUUUUUAAUGACCCCGUGACUAGCAGGCAGGAUGUUUGAUUUCAGAGAAUAGACUGUGAAAUGCUAAGCUCUCACUCUGUGUACAAAUGAAACACACUGACUUGCUGCUUCAGAAGUGGAAGAUUGGGAGUUAAGAGGUGGACGUUUGGGACGAUGAAAAGGAUUGAAAACUGGGCCAAAUAUCAGUGUAAGUCAUGUGAUCCAGAGCUUUGACUUUAUCUCUUCUUCCAGUGUUUGAUAUGUUUGUGAUUUAUUUUUUAUUUUUAUAAAUUGCUGUUUAGUACUAGUACCACAACAGGAACAUAGCUUAAACCUAACAUGGCCCAAAUUCAAGUAAUUUCACAUAUAGCAAUAAAAAUAUUGAAAGCUGGUAGUUUGUGGCAUUAUGCUGCGUUUCUCCUGCAGCUCUGUUACAGUUUGUGUGUAGGGGACCACUGAAACCCAGCAUUUUUAUACGUAAUGUUGGACUGUACACGCACACAUGAACAUUUUGUCCAAAUGUCGUGUGGCUGUGUUUUGUGGCAGCUAAACGCCUUUCAGGUUUUCCUUGCAUGCUGGGGCUAUAGACAGCAGCCACAUUAGCGAGCUGGCCGAUCAGUUUGUUUCUGCAGUUGCAAACUGUCGGACGACUUAAAACAAAGUUACAUGUUGCUCCUUUCAACUAUAUACUUCAGACUUAACAGAUUUUUGUUUUGUUUUUUUGUUUUUUAAAAAAGGGUUUAAUUAUUCCAAUAGUGUGUAUGUAUAUUUAAUAAUCAUGAUGAUAACUGGAAGCAUUGAGCUGAGGAGGGUUCUCGAGUGUGUUUAGAUAAAAGCACAACCAACCACCUCAUCCAACGCGUUCAUAAGCAGAGUUUUCUUUUUAUUGUUUUUCCACAAUUAAUGCUCAGAAUCUGUAAAACGUGGAGUUUUCUAGCCGUCUGGUUGUGUGCAUGUGCGUGCGUCCCUGUGUGAGUACGCAUGAAUUGAGAGAGUUUGGGCCUCACCCAACCCCCUGCCCACUGUCCGGUCACCCAACAGAAAACAGUCUGGAGACGCAAAGGAAGACACGUCUCCCAAGUUGUGGCGUAGCAGCAGCCUGCUGAGUGCUGAAACUAAAUAUGCACUGUACACAUGUGACCCGACAAAAGAGCCUGCAGGGAAAUGUCUUUUCUUCAGACGCUGUUACAACAACACUAGAUCAGCUUAUGCGCAAAAAGAGGAUGAGAAAAAUACAACUUCAAGGACUUUGUAACAUAUUCUUUGCUAAUAUGUACCUUUGCAAAAGUAGAUGAAUUAAUAAAUAUAAGAAUAAUAAUUAUGCAGACACUGACUUAAGACGUUGACAAAUGCCGUUCAGGGUAAGCCUUUUUUUUUUUUUUUAACCUUUCCUGAAAAAGUACCAAACUUAUUUUACCCUGGCAUACAGUAUACAUAACAGCACAUUCUGCAUUCCUGUUGCUCUCUUCCAGGUAAUAAAUUGUAAAUUGUGUUUUUCUUUUUUUGUUGUUUUUUGUUUUAAAGUAUCUGUAUACUGUUGUAUUACCUGUCGUAUUUGUGUUGCUCUUACCUCAUCAUGACAACUGGAGGGACUGUGUGUGCGUGUGAUGCAGAAACAAUAACUCACAUUAUCGACACACACAUACAGACAUGCAUGUGAGUAGCUGGUGUGCUUUGUCCCGGCCGUGCUGUCGAGGGGAGCUGGGAACCUCUCCGAUCUCAAAUCAAUCAUCGUGCACUUGAACAACUUGGGCUUGCAUGUGGACUAACUGUGUGUGGGGAUGAUACGUUUGGAGUUGAAUAUUGUCGAAUAUGCAUUUUUUUGUGUCCAUUUGAAAACAGCAGAACUAAAAGAAAAAAAAGAGGACUGUAAUGUCAAAUCUAUUUAUAGUUGUCUCUGUAUUACUGGAGAAUCCUGUGUUCAGAUGUACUUUGUAUAUACAAUGUUGUACAUUACAGAGGUACACUCUUUUUUUGGUACAAUAUUGUACAGUAAUAGCAAUAGUAGUUUAAUCAAAUAGGCCUUAUAUAAUUCUAUGUGUAGUUCUUGUAGUAGAUCUGUUUUUUAAUAAACAUUGCUUGCUAUA